CCUUUCUGUGUACGGUUCGUUAUAGUAAAUAUUCCUUGUCAUGGUUCUGGUAAAUGAUAGACACAUAGGAAUGGCAGGACCGGUCAACACUCUCAGUUCUGCGGGAACAAACCUGUUCUUCAUUACGGGCUACGUCCUUUCAUUCAUGGUCUUGAUACUCUGUCAAUAUGUCGUGACGUUGCGAGUGUGGCAUCUCUUCUUCCGGAGUUGCCUCAUUAAAUGGCUGGCGGUCACUGUUUUCGUCAUCUGCGCGGCAGGAACUGUAAUAAUGGGCGGCGUUGAGUUCAAAGCCAUUAAGAGUGCCCUGUAUGCACCGCCAGUUGAUGAGAUCCUGACGCAGAGCCCUCCAUUUGUGUUUGCCAUGUACCUGCCAUCCCUGGUCGCCCAUACAGCCAUGCUCUUACUGACGAUGUACCGCUUUCGUGUCAGCCCCAAAGCGUUACAGCAACAUGGCAUUAUACACCGAUUCGUAAAAGAAGGGAUAAUUAUGUAUACAUUUGCGGCCGGAUCACUACUGUACGAAGUUAUCGGUCUUUCUAUGACUGAACCGGAGGAAAUAUCUGUAUAUUAUCCGGCUUUUAUGGGAGGAAUAGCAGUAGCAACUACAGCUGUUUCCGUCUGUCGUGCAAUGCUAAGCGUCAGGUCAUUGGCUGCAACUUAUCAUGUCGAUCCGGCAUGGUUGCUCAACUAUGCAGAACUCAGUCGUGUUCAAUGGAGGAGAGGAGCCAAUGAAGGGGAAAUCUUCGUUGAAGCAAGCGACAUGGACGCACAUCCCCCUUUCAGAUCGCUGGGGGCAUCUGCUGGGAGAACAGAAGGCGAAGGAGUUGUAUAAAACUAAUUUCAUUUGUAUGUUUCGAACAUGAUCCCCUGGAACGAUACAUUCUUGCCGAGACAGAACUCAUCGUUUCAGCAAGUACCCGGACGUUCUAUCUCGAUAUUACGCUUGUGCUCAAAAUAAGAUAGUUUGGUUGAUGAUCGUCCUUCUCGUACUUGCAAGAUCUUUGAGUGAUAAUGCACAGAAUACAUAGUGAG